CGUGCAACACAAAAAAUGUUUGCUAAAAUUAUCGUGAUAGGUGCUGUCAUAGCCGCGGCGCAAGCUGGUCUUUUAGGACAUGGCCGUGGAGGUUAUGCUCAACAAGGCGUCUCACCCUACGCUGGUCCGUAUGGAGCACCUGGAUAUAACCUGUAUAGUGCACCAUUUGGACAUCCUGGAGGCCUAGCAGCUGCAGGUCCUUUGGCACAUGCUUCAUCUUUCCCACAAGCUGGCCUCCAUGCCAAUCUUCUAGGCCAUGGUGCACCUCUGGCUGCACCAAUAGGUCAUAACUUCGAUUUUGGCCGUAACGUACAUGCAUACCCUUCUCAAUUAGGUCAGGCAGCUCCUGUUGCUCACGCAAUAUCUAAAGUUGAUAGAACAGAUGUUUUCCAAUCUAGUCGUGUCGGACAUGUUAAUCCCUUUGCUCAUGCACAAGCCAGCCCUCAAGCGCAAGCAGGUCUGAUAGGCCAUGGUUCUCCCUUGGCCCAUGCAGCAGCUUUGAAUAACGCAGCUGCCGGUCAUGCUCACUCAAGACCUCUUGGCCAUGCUGGCUCUUUUGGGUCCGCUAUUUCCCACGUGGAUAGAACCGAUAUUAUUCAAAGAGCUCCUGUUGCUAAUGCGGGUCCCUUAGCUCACCCUGGUUCUUUCGCCAACGCUGGUUCUUUUUCCAAUUCUGGAUACAUUGCCCAUGGUAGUCCGUUAGGUCACGCAGGUCCUUUUGCCCACGCCGGUCCUUAUGCUCACGCUGGUCCUUAUGCUCACUCUGGUCCUUAUGCCCACGCUGGUCCUUUGACCCACGCUGGUCUUUUAUCUCACGCUGGACCUGCUGCCUAUGCUCGUCAUUUAGCGCACGCCGCAUCUUUAGCGCAUGCUGGCCCUCUAGCGCAUGCUGGUCCAUUAGCGCAAGCUGGUCCUGUAGCCCAUCCUGCACCUUUAGCUCACCCUGCUCCUUUAGCUCACCCUGCUCCUUUAGCUCACCCUGCUCCUUUGGCCCACGCUGGUCCCUUAUCCCAUAACGUACACUCAUCUUUAAAUCAAAUUGCUCCCUUGAGUCAUGCUCACGGAAAUCUCGGAACUUAUGGAUACGCCAGCCAAUACGCCAGAGCUCAAGAUUACUUCUCAUACCCGAAGUACGAGUACACGUACUCCGUUGAAGACCCUCACACUGGUGAUCACAAGGCGCAACACGAAAGCCGCGAUGGUGAUGUUGUGAAGGGAGAAUACUCGCUGCUGCAACCUGAUGGCUCCUACAGAAAAGUAUCUUACGCCGCUGACGACCACCAUGGUUUCAAUGCAGUCGUGCACAACUCAGGACCAAGCCAUCAUGUGUACUCUUCGCAACACCACCAUUAAAGAUCAAAUCUCAUUAGCUAAUGAAAUGUUAUGCCGUAUUGUUUUCGCUGUGAUUACUAAAACUGAAUGUACAAAUAUGAAAUAAGACUAUAAAGUUAUUAAAAUAA